AUUGGAGUUCAUUUCAGCGGGUGUGCCGACACAGCCCUGUUUAAGUUGUUGUUCGGUUUCCAGAUACAGAUCCUUACUAAGUGCCAACGCCGAGCGAUAGAAAACGGAAAAUGAAGUUACUUCCACUGCUAUCAGCUGCGGCGAUGAUGCUUUUCUUUGUGAUGUCGUGUGAAGGGAGUGGACGUGUGGUCGUGACCCUAAAAUAUUACAAAAAUCCUUCUCACAGGACCUACGAAUUCAAAUGCUGUGACGCUGGGUUAUUUGGUUGCUCUGGUGGAUGUGAAGCAUAUUUCAAAAUUUGUGUGACAAAGUCAGCCUCCGCCAAUACGCAUUCCUGUAACAUGGGAACUACACAGACUGCAGUCAUUGGCAACAGGGAUGAUCAUAGACUAAAUUUAAGAAAAGAGUUCGCAUUCACAUCCUUACAAGAAUUCGUUAAUUUGAAGAUGCAAGUCUGGGACCAUGACAAAAUUCUUAAAGAUGACUUAGUGGAGACGUUUUUUAGCUCGAAUAAACCUUGGUUGCCUAACCAUGGCCAUCAGAAAAAGACCAUACGACAUAAGAGCAGGGUUGUUCAGUUGACACUUGACCUCGAGGUAUACUGCAACAAGAACUACUACGGCCCUCACUGCACAAAGCAGUGUGUCCCAGGAAAAACCUACACGUGUGGAUUGCUGGGAGAAAAGGUUUGCCGAGCUAACUGGUAUGGUAAGAGCUGCACUGGGGAGUGUAUCCCGCGGGAUGACUGGAGGGGACACUACACCUGCGAUAAAAUGGGGAAAAAGGUCUGUAGAUCAAGUUAUUAUGGAGAGAGCUGCACUCGAUGGUGUGCCCCUCGAGAUGACCCGCGAGAUGGACAUUUCAACUGUGAUAGGCAGGGAAACAAAAUCUGUCUUCCUCGUUGGGAAGGGCCAUCCUGUAAACGAUGCGUGAAAAACUGGUUUGGUCCUGGUUGUUCUACACACUGUGUACCUCAAGACAGUUACGAGCUUGGACAUUACAAAUGCAGCCAAUCAGAUGGAACGAAACAAUGCCUACCGUGGUGGUUUGGUAGCGACUGCAAGGCGCACUGCAUUCCUCAUGACGAUGAUGACAACGGCCAUUAUAGCUGUGCACGUGAGGGAAAUAAGACAUGCCAUGACGGAUGGCACGGAGAGAACUGCACAGUGUUUUGCAUUCCUCAAGAUGAUGACAUACGAGGCCACUAUACUUGUGACGAGGAAGGCGGCAAAGUCUGUUUAAACGGGUAUCGCUCUCCAGACUGCAUGGACUGCCUCCUGGGUUUGUAUGGCGCAAAUUGUUCUUUAUCCUGCUUGGUAAAUGACACGUACGGCUUCCAGCAAGGCUACAUCUAUUGUUCUGACGAUGGAGUUAAGCAAUGCAAGAAGUGGUGGCAUGGCCCAGAGUGUCUCCAGUAUUGUGUCCCUCAUGAUGACAACGAGCACGGGCAUUACACGUGCAAGCCAAGAGAUGGAAGUAAAGUGUGCAGACCUGGCUGGGAAGGGCUAAGCUGUCUUAAUCGAAAAAAGAACGCGCCACCCUCGGAAGGAACUGGUCGCGCCAUUGUAACAUUACGAAGGUACACUAACCCCUCUCACCGCUUGAGUAAUGCAAUUAUACUGAAUACGAAUAGUCACAAAGCUGAGCUGAGUGCUUGUAUUAUUUCUCAGGGAGCCAUUACCGUUGGAGUGGAAGUCUGGGAUAAGGACAAAUUUACCAGCAAUGAUUACGUGGGCUCCCCGUCCAUAACACUGUGGUCUGUCACUCCGGGGUUGUAUUUGGAUCCCUUAAAAAGAAGCUUGACGCUAAAGAGCAGAUACGUCUCCAUGAAGCUUGACUUGGAGUUGUACUGCGACAAAGACUACUAUGGUCCCAGUUGUAGCGUGAAUUGUGUCCCGCGGGAUGACUCGAGUGGACAUUACACCUGCGAUAACCUGGGAAACAAGAUUUGUCUUCAACGUUGGGAAGGGCCGUCUUGUAACAGAUGCGAGAGCAAUUGGUUUGGUCCCCGCUGUUCUGCAAUUUGUGUUCCUCAGGAUAAUGAUUUUCAAGGACAUUACAAAUGCAGCCAAUCAGAUGGAACGAAACAAUGCCUACCGUGGUGGUUUGGUAGCGACUGCAAGGCGCACUGCAUUCCUCAUGAAGAUGAUGACAACGGCCACUAUAGCUGUGCACGUGACGGAAAAAAGACAUGCCAUGACGGAUGGCACGGAGAGAACUGCACAGUGUUUUGCAUUCCUCAAGAUGAUGACAUACGAGGCCACUAUACAUGUGACGAGGAAGGCAGCAAAGUCUGUUUAAACGGGUAUCGCUCUCCAGACUGCAUGGACUGCCUCCUGGGUUGGUAUGGCGCGGAUUGUUCUUUAUCCUGCUUGGCAAAUGACACGUAUGGCUUCCAGCAAGGCUACAUCUAUUGUUCUGACGAUGGAGUCAAGCAAUGCAAGAAGUGGUGGCAUGGCCCAGAGUGUCUCCAGUAUUGUGUCCCUCAUGAUGACAACGAACACGGGCAUUACACGUGCGAGCCAAGAGAUGGAAGUAAAGUGUGCAGACCUGGCUGGGAAGGGCUAAGCUGUCUUAAUCGAAAAAAGAACUGAGCAUGCAGUUUUGACAGAUAAUUCAGUAGAUUACCAUGUGGCAUGAGCUUUUUGCAGGAGGUAUUCUGCGGAAUGACAAUUUUUUUUUUAUUUUAUACUUAGAGAUUAUUACGCCGUAUGUUUAAACGAGUAAGGGUAUUGUUACGUGAUUCUAGAUGUGUUAUUACGAUUUCGUAACACCAGUAUGUUGUUCUAGUUAUUAAAUUCAAUAGCUAAUUGAAACAAAAAACUUGAAUGAAAACAACUGAUAAAGAAGACAGGAAGCUAGUUUGUUGUGAUAGCCAAUAACUUAUCCUUCGUAAAUAUAGUUUUAUCUGUCAAUUGCUGGCUUUCGUAAACAGUAGCCGGCAAGUGACAAAAUGUGUCAAAAAACAUAUUUUGACCCAAAACAAAAAAGAAAAGCAAACACGUCCAAAGAUAACCAUUUACUUCCGCAGUUUGUUAUCUUUCGUUAUCGUUAUUCAUUUUAGUGUUAUUGUAAUCUAACCAUGAUGUAAUAAAAACACAUUUUUUUCAGACAA